UGUGAAAGUGUGUCAUUUGCUGCACAACUCCUUAGUCAGAACGUAGAUAAAUAAUCAAAACAGCAUUUAAGUGAAGUGCGAAGGUCAUUGUACCCUGACUCUUCAAGGAUGUCUGACUGCCCAGUAGGUUUGCUGGUGGACCUGAGUUUGCCCUCACCAGACCCCAUGGGGACAGCCAGACCUACAAUUACCAUUGAUGGCAAUGCAGGGGAGACCAAGGAUAAUCCAGAAAACAACUGCCCAGUAGGUUUGCUGGUGGACCUGAGUUUGCCCUCACCAGACCCCAUGGGGACAGCCAGACCUACAAUUACCAUUGAUGGCAAUGCAGGGGAGACCAAGGAUAAUCCAGAAAACAACUGCCCAGUAGGUUUGCUGGUGGACCUGAGUUUGCCCUCACCAGACCCCAUGGGGACAGCCAGACCUACAAUUACCAUUGAUGGCAAUGCAGGGGAGACCAAGGAUAAUCCAGAAAACAAAACGUUGAAGAAAGAAUACAACAGUUCUGUGAAGAAACAAGCUUCAAGCAAGCUUGCAGUGGAAAUAACAUCUCCUGUGACAUUUGUCAGUUCUCCUAAGAUGAAUCAAGAAUCUCACCGGGGAACACAUCAAGACAAAACCAUUGAAGACUGGUCUCUAAUCAAUGUAGACAGUUUUAACUUGAGUGACUUUCUAGACAAUUUGGUUCCAAGUGCUGAGAAGGAAAUUAAGAAGGAGCUUAGCCUUAUAAAAUCCCCAGGACAUGAAAGUUCGAAGUUGAAUAUUUCUAGCAUAACAGGUGUGGAGAAAGAUGAAGUGCCGAACAAAGAAGAGUCCAGUGCUAAAGAUGUAAAACCAAAUGACCAGCUGACUCCCCCCACUCGUUCACCACAUAAGACUGAUCAGUCUGGCUCUGAUAAACAGAAGGGUUCCUCAAGGCUGCGACGCAAAGGCACAUUUACCGUGAAAGAUAAAGAGGCAACAGAUGCCUUGAAGCAGACAGACUGGUCUCUAAUCAAUGUAGACAGUUUUAACUUGAGUGACUUUCUAGACAAUUUGGUUCCAAGUGGGGACAAACCUAGAAAAGAGUCUGAGAAAUUUGUUCUAGGAAUAGAAGCCGAUGAUGUUGCAGACAAGGUGAAGAGAUGUGUCAGUAUGCUCACUCAGUCCAGCAGGGAGGCAGAAUCUACCACAGGUGACUUGUUGUGUGGUGCUGAGAAGGAGAUUAAGAAGGAGCUUAGCCUUAUAAAAUCCCCAGGACAUGAAAGUUCGAAGUUGAAUAUUUCUAGCAUAACAGGUGUGGAGAAAGAUGAAGUGCCGAACAAAGAAGAGUCCAGUGCUAAAGAUGUAAAACCAAAUGACCAGCUGACUCCCCCCACUCGUUCACCACAUAAGACUGAUCAGUCUGGCUCUGAUAAACAGAAGGGUUCCUUAAGGCUGCGACGCAAAGGCACAUUUACCGUGAAAGAUAAAGAGGCAACAGAUGCCUUGAAGCAGACAGGUGAGAUGUCUGAAAAAGAUAUUAACAGCACUUCCAGUUCUAAAGAUUCUGCACCGAUUCCAGUGAAGAAGUCACUCCCCAAGCCCUCUGGCCUCACCCUGAAGUCUCUGAGUACCACCCAGAAGACAACUGAUAAAGUCGCACAGCCAAAGCCUGGUCACAGUGGAAAGCGCAGGCUUGUUAGGCCUGCCCGAAAAUCUUUACAGGGUUCCACUGUGGGUUCCCUGCAACAGUCCAGAAGUGUGCGGAAGAGCUUGGGGUCUCAAGGCACAGCAGAAAACUACAGUAUCAAUUCCGACUGCAAGGACACCUCCACAAGUUUUACCACAUCUACCAACUUGUCCAAAGUCCCUAAAUUCUUCCCCCAAAAAUCUGCUCUUGGAAAACCAGUAAAGGCUGGUGCUGUGUUUGUGACCGCUGGUAAGGGGAGGAACCAGGAACAGAAGACGCUUGGCAGGAUGUCUUCUGGAGGCAAUACUAGAGAGUCAGACAAGGUUGUGCACAUGCCAACGACCGGCAGGAGAUGUAGUUUGCAAAUACCAGCCUCUUAUACCUCUAUUAACGCUGACUUGCCAACACACAAAUCUCAAGACCUGAAGAGGCGAUCAGUAUGCGACAUUGCCAAUUUCCCACACAAAAAAACAUGCUUGCCAUCAAGUGAAUCUGAAGCCAAGAAAAGACGAUCAGAAUGCACUAUGAUGGAGCACCAAAGCAAAACAGGAACAGAAAACUGUACUGGUGCAGCUACUCCAGUCAAGGCUAAAAAAUGCAUUAACCCGAAGAAGUUAGUUUUGCCUAGCAAGAUUCCAUGGUGUUCGAAUUCCAAGAGAGUGUGAUAAAUUUGUACACUGAUUUCCUAAACAUUACAUGCAGGGUGCAUGUUCGUACUUAUAUCAUUUUCUAUGGUUAACUUCCAAAGGCCAACAUGAAUAUUUUGUAGGUGUAUAUUUUGCAUCAUGUACAGCAAACAGGAUCCAAUACUAUUGUAUUUUCAAGUAUUGGUACUUUGUCUGCAGAUUAUGGUUUUAUACACAUAACUUUUUUACAUAAUUUUUUCCACAAGAAAUUUCAGAUAAUCUGGCUAUGCCCUGCUAAAAGUUUUGGCAUUUAUUGCUUACACAAAUUAUAGUGUGAACUUUUGUUAUACUUUUAUCAUUGUAGCCUGUGAAUUAACCCUGUGUGCAUAUUAAUAGCUAUAAAUUACAGAAUUCUUAGCCUCUUUUGUAUUACAGUCAGCGUUAAGGUAAAUAUAAAGGUAUGUAUCUCAAAAAGUACUGCAUGUGCUGAACUGUUUUGCAUGUGCACAAUGACAUAUGGAGGAUUUCCCAUAGUUGAAGCUCCGAGUGUGUGUUUAUGAUCAGAAAUUUUCCUGAUAAUCGCUUUUGUAUGUUAGGUUCCAGUUUAAGUUAAACUUAAUGUGCUUAAUGUAUUGAGCUGAAGUUUUAUAUCCAUAUAUCUCCUACAUGAAAUAAGCUAUAGAAAAAGUACGAGAAGAAAGUUUUUUGUUUUUUUACUCUGCCGUUUUGAUGAACUUGUACUUCUACAAGUUGAAUCAACUAAAUUGUAUUGUUUGUUACCUGUGUUCCAUUAGCAUGUGGUAAAAAUAAUCUAGUCUGAGGCCUUACUGAUAAGUUAGACUGGUGACCAAAUGAAUGUGCUUGUGCCAUGUCUGGUACCGUUUCAUGAUAAAGGAUAUAUGUUUAUUUGUGAUUUGCAAUUCUUUAAAAGACUUCAGGUUAAAAAUAGAUUUCUCAAAGUUGUAAAUGUUGAAAUCAAAAGAUCUGUUAUAAGAAGAAUACAUUAUGAUAUGAGCGAUAUAUUGAUAUAUCUUGUAUGUAUUCAAGAAUUAGUACCAGUUAGUUAGCGUGCUAGCGCAGCGUAAUGACCCAGGAGCCUCUCACCAGUGUAGUUACUGUGAGUUCAAGUCCAGCUCAUGCUGGCAUCCUCUCGGGCCGUAUGGGGAAGGUCUGCCAGCAACCUGCAGAUGGCCGUGGGUUUCCCCCGGGCUCUGCCUGGUUUCCACCCACCAUAAUGCUGGCUGAAAUCAUAUAAGUGAAAUAUUCUUAAGUACAGCAUAAAACACCGGUCAUAUAAAUAAAAAAAUAAGUUAGUGCCAAUAGUAAAAAUGAAAUAACCUCUCUGAAUAUAAUUUGCUGGUUUGAAAACUCUUUCAUUAGAGAUAAAUGUAUUAUCGAUGAAGACAAUUGGCACUGACUAAUAAGAAGGGUUCAAACGAGGAACCUACGAAUGGAAUGAAUGGCCAUACUGGUGAUUUUAAGUCCUGGGAUAUGUCCAAUAUCAGGAAAAUGGCAAUGGUAUGCCUGGUCCCUCCUCUCAUAAGUUAUUAACAGUUUUAACCAUUAGUCAGAUAUAAAUAAUGGUGACAACUGGGUACAAAUCUAUGUGCAUAAUAUAGCUUAGAUACAUAUCUCUGUUAUAAUCAAGUAAAAUGUGAUCAAAUAUACCUGUGAUUUCCUGAUACGUUAAUUUAAUACCUGUGAAAAAAAUAAAAAUAUUGUACAUUAAGGUUAGUUUUGACCUUGUAAAAAUCCUGUGUAAGGAUCUGAAAUGUUUGUGGGGAAAGUACUGACAGGAACUCGUCCCUUUGUUGUAG